ACAGUACAUAAACAAGCGUUGUGUGUCGAGGGCUCGCGCGCCGGACGCACGUGUCUCCACCGUCUGACAGAUCGCGUUUUACCAACGAUAUAAAUUGUGUGACUAACUACCCAUACCGGUGAUUACCCAAGUGAUAAGGGAUAUAUUCCUAGUUUAUGUGAACAAGAAUAUACAUGUGCUUACGCAGAUAGGUCGGUGAAAAUGACGGCUUUCAACGUGGUGCUUGGGUGCGCCAUGGCGCUCUUUAUAAUAUUACUGACAAUCAGCUCUAUCACCAGAUAUUAUGUAAAGUUCACAUUAUUCGUGGUUCUAUCACUAAUAUUUGCGACGGCACCAAUUCCAUUGAUGUUAAUUAAACCUUUCGACCCUAAAAAUGCAUUAAUCCCAGCGGCGCUGCUGCGGGUGACGUCACGGAUGCUGGGCAUGCGGUGGACUGUGCGGGGGCUGGAGAACGUGGACAACUCCAGGGGGGCCGUCAUACUGCUCAACCAUCAGAGCGGCCUCGACCUCUACGUAUUGGCAGUACUAUGGCCGUUGAUGGAGCGGUGUACAGUGGUGUCGAAGCGGUCGCUACAAUACCUGGUUCCAUUCGGCACAGCGGCAUGGCUAUGGGGCACGGUAUAUAUCGACAGGGGGGCGCAAUCUGCCCGCGACGCUCUCAACAAGCAAACUACAGCAGUCAGAGAACAUAAGCGCAAACUACUGCUAUUCCCCGAAGGCACACGGCAUUCCGGUGACAAGCUGCUGCCGUUCAGGAAGGGCGCGUUCCAUGUGGCGAUGGAUGCGCGCGCGCCGAUACAGCCCGUCGUCGUCUCCAAGUACCACUUCCUCGACUCCAAGCGACGGCGAUUCGGAUCAGGUGAAGUUAUAGUAACUAUAAUGCCGCUGGUGGAGACGGAAGGCGUCAACAAGGAGAAUAUCGGCGAACUGAUCGAUAAGGUGCAGGCCGACAUGCAGGAGACCUUCAGCAGGACGUCGGCCGAGACACUGCCUGUGCGCACGAAGGCUGAGUAGGCGCGCGCACGACGGUAGUUGGGAAUAUAAAUCGACGCGCAAAUAAAUCUGUGAUAAACGUUUAUGCUGCAAAAGGUUGAAAUUUUCGUAGUGACGUUGUUGUAAUUGUUAACAGAUGUGUCUUUAUUAUACAAACAGUAAAUUUUAUUUACACUAACAA